AUGGAAAGUCAGCAUUCUCCUCUUCGUGAUCCAUUGGUGAGUUCAGUUGACAUGGAAUCCAAGGAGGUCAAGACAACCACCAAUGAUGUGUUCGUCGUAGGCGGCCGUGAAGAUGAAAUAGCUCGAGGAAGACUUAUGGAGAAGCGGGAAGUCUUCCUCGUAGCUCUUUCAUCUUCACGGCUGCCUCCUACGACAAACACAUCACCGGUGGUGGUCCUGACCUCCUUGGAUUACACAUCAACUGGACUCACCAGUGGAUCAUGA